AAGUAAACCAAAGAAGACAAAGAAAAACUUAAGUGGGUUUUCCAUUUCGAUGCCCAAUUUAGAAUUUAAGUCUCAAGAUAACAUAUUCUAUGACGAUGUGACAGUGGACAAGAAAGAUUGCAAAGAAAAAGAGGAUAAAGUGAGACUCUGGAAACCAAAAUUUAGGAUAAUGAAAGAAAAUAAAGGGAACAAAAUUUCUGAGGAAUCAGAAAGACCCUUCUUCAAAAGCAAGAAACACAAGAUAGAAAAAGAUGAAAAAAUGUUUCGAGAAAAACUUGAGAUACUCCUAUAAAACAGUUCAGAUAUCUCAGGACAUCAAAUUCAAGAAAGGCCAAAAGGAGGACAAAGAGAAAAGUGUUCUGAAGAAUUUCUAUCACUACAACAAAAAAGUUUGGCAUCUGAGCACCCACCAAAGGCAUCCAAAAAACGUUAGGGGCAGACCUUGAAGAUUGAUUGGGAAGCAUGACUUCCUGAUGAAUGGAUACCAAAGAUAGA